UCUCAUCUUUAACUCCAUUUAGUUUAAGUUUUGUUCAGUUUGUUGGUGUUUAAAUGACUGUAACUGUACUUCCCCAAAGUUUCAGUCUUGUUUUCAUAAGGGCGUGAGAAAUGAAAUGCUGAACAUUUUAAUUACUGCAGAAAUUUUUUUUAACUGUUGAGAGCCACGUGCUUGAGCGAUACAAGUGAGUCAUGACAUUUUCAGUAGGCAGCGUUUACUCAUGAGGACUUUAUUUAACCUAUUGGGAGUUUUCGUUUAACCUCACUGUGUGCGUCGCUUUCAGUAGUAUUUCCCUCUCAUCAUUACAAUGCACUUUCAGAUCUUGCGUGCGCACGCACGCAGAUGAUAGGAAGUGAUCUUGUUUACAUAUUAGCUCAGCUCUCUCUGCAUGCGUCCGUGUACCCACAAAAGGAUCAUUUUCUAGUGUAGUUUCUCCCAUCAUUGACGUCUUAUCAGUAUGACCAGAGGUAAUAGAAUAAAAAUAAAUAAACAAAAACUCAGUAUGACUGCCUCCCACUGCUCUCAUGAGAUCUAAUUUUAGUCAUGAGGGAACUCCUCCAGCGCGAAACACGAGACAGGUGAAAACAAAGCGUGACGGAGCAUGGCUGCAACCCACAGGUGAAGAAAGAGGAAGUUUCUCAGGUUGGCGUCCGCGAGGCUCAAAAAGGCGUGACGAGAUUACCAGAACUGAUUUGAAUAUAGUGCGUGCAGCCAUUUAGACUGCAGAUGUAUGCAUUUAGCAAAUGGCAUUUCCUUGGAGUGGCGUCGUGGUGUGUGUGUGUGUGUGUGUAUUCAUAUAAAAAGAAAAGCGUUUGUACAGCAAGAUGAGCUGAGAGGUUUUCUCUGAAGGUUAUGUAUUCAGCACUGUGUGCUACAUGUCAACGAUGCCUGAAGAUAUUUAAACCCACCAUUCAGAAGAGUGUUUUUGAUUCCUGUGGAAUCUGUAAAACAUUUGGCGCCUUUUUUUUUUUUUUUUUUUUUUUAAAACAACACAUACCCACGUCUGUGAGAACGUGGCUAUCUGAGCGUCGCGCAAGAGACGUCUUCUUCAGUCAACGAUGCCCGUACAAGCGCCGCAAUGGACCGAGUUUCUGUCCUGUCCCAUCUGCACGCAGACUUUCGAGGAGAACGUGCGCAAACCCAUCAGCCUGGGCUGCGGUCACACUGUCUGCAAGAUGUGCCUGAACAAGCUGCACCGCAAAGCCUGCCCUUUCGACCAGACCACCAUCAGCACAGACAUUGAGCUGCUGCCCGUCAACACCGCGCUGCUGCAGCUCGUCUGCCCUCAGGUACCCAAGUCUCAGCCCGUCACCUUAGUGAAAGGAGCAGAGGACAUCAAGCAUUAUGAUGAAGCACGCACGUGUGUGGAGGAGCUGGCUCUCUACCUCAAACCCCUCAGCAACACCCGAGGUGUAGGGCUGGGUACCGCGAGUCAGAGUCUCCUCAGCAGACCCAUGCAGAGGAAGCUGGUGACCCUGGUGCACUGCCAGCUGGUGGAGGACGAGGGUCGUAUCCGGGCCAUGCGUGCAGCCCGAUCUCUGGGUGAACGCACAGUCACCGAGCUCAUCCUGCAACAUCAAAACCCGCAGCAGCUCUCGUCCAACCUGUGGGCCGCUGUACGAGCACGAGGCUGCCAGUUCCUUGGCCCUGCCAUGCAGGAGGAGGCUCUAAAGUUGGUGCUGCUGGCAUUGGAGGACGGUUCGCCUCUGUCCCGCAAGGUUCUGGUUCUGUUUGUGGUCCAGAGGCUGGAGCCACGCUUCCCUCAAGCCUCUAAAACCAGUAUAGGGCAUGUCGUACAGCUGCUGUACAGAGCCUCUUGUUUUAAGGUGACCAAGCGAGACGAGGACUCAUCCCUGAUGCAGCUAAAGGAAGAGUUUAGGACGUAUGAGGCUCUGCGGAGAGAGCAUGACUCCCAGAUUGUCCAGAUCGCCAUGGAGGGAGGCCUGCGUAUUGCCCCUGACCAGUGGUCCUCCCUACUCUAUGGGGAUCAGUCCCACAAGUCCCACAUGCAGUCAAUCAUUGAUAAGUUGCAGACGCCAGCGUCUUUUGCUCAGAGUGUACAGGAGCUCACUAUUGCCCUGCAGAGAACAGGAGACCCGGCCAACCUCAAUCGCCUUAGACCGCAUUUAGAGCUGCUGGCUGACAUCGACCCGAGCCCAGAUGCCCCUGCCCCUACAUGGGAGCAACUGGACAAAGGGCUGGUGGCUGUAAAAACAGUAGUGCAUGGUCUUGUGGACUUCAUCCAGAAUCAUAGCAAGAAGGCAGGAGACCCACAGCAGGCUCCUCAGCACAGCAAGUACAAGACAUACAUGUGUAGAGAUAUGAAGCAGAAGGGAGGGUGUCCCAGAGGCGCAAGCUGCACCUUUGCCCAUUCCCAGGAGGAACUGGAAAAGUUCCGUAAGAUGAAUAAGCGUCUGCCUUUGCGAAAGCCACUCAGCCAGUCACUGACCCAGCUUAACGACAUGGACAUGGGUUGCAAUCCGGGCCUUCUGCCUGAUGAGGGAUUGGUUCUGGAGAGUCUGACCCACAAAUCUGCCAUGGUCCCUAAUGGCAUUCUAUCAGUGCCACCUGGAUCAGAGCUCACACAUCUGGUCUCCCGUGGAUCGGCAGCACCCUACGACACGGCUUGCAAGCUGGCAAAACUAGGCACAGGCAGCCUUAGUGCUCCUGAAUCACCUCCAGAUUCCCUGGACUCCAUUCCUAAAGUGAUGUCUUCAACAUCUCAUCCUAGAGUCCCGAGAGAGGGUCUGACUGCACACACAUUGUCUGCUGUCUCCAGAGUUCCCCAAAUGCCACAAUACCCUCCACAUCAGCCUGAGGCGUAUUACUCAGAAUCCAGAGUACCACCGUCUGCUUCACAAUAUGAUUCCUCUCAGUAUCCCUCUGGCAACUCCUACGCUUAUCAGCACUUGCAGCCUCGCUACACUCGCCAACCAGUUGACCCCGGCUUGGCGCCCUACCCAGACCCCUAUCCUGUGUCCUACGCCCCGGAACGGCAGUAUCCCGCUCCUCCAUCUGACCCUCGCUAUAGCUAUCCACCGCAUCACGACAGCCGCCGACAUGCACCUUAUGGAGCCCACCCUCCUCUCCCGUCAUAUGCUCGAGAUGAGCUGGGCCACAGGAGUCCCGUCCCUAUGGAGAUGACCCCACCACCACAGGCGCCGGCAGCAGGAGCCUCGUCCUCCUACCUCCCAGAAUCACGGGAAAGAUACGGCCCUGAGAGCUACAACCACUCCGGCCACAGCAGACCUUACAGCGGCCGGAGCGCCUAUGCCCGGCCACAGCCCAGCCUGGACUACCUUCACCGUCGGAGGAAGGAAAUCAUGGCCCAGCUUGAGGAGCGGAAAGUAGUUUCUCCUCCUCCCUUUGCCUCCUCUCCAAACCUGGCUCAUUCUUAUGACCCCAGUUAUACACAAGAGGCCAGGGGGCAAAAUCAUUAUAUGGGAGAAAACCCUCCGCCGUGCCAGAAUGUCAGACAACCGGAAUACGCGGCUUCGUACUCGCCGUGGUCAUGUGACACUUUUGUCCCGUACAUCGGCACCAAGGAUAUGAAGUCCAAAGACUGCUCGGCCACAGGCUACAUGGAGAUGCAGGCCAUAGAAAAAAGCCGGAGAGAUCCGGCUCUGGAGUUGCAGCGUCGAGUGGCAGAGGUCAAGGAUGAUGACCCGAUUAUCCCUUUUGGCUCGCUGCCCACCGUCUCUCGCUUUGGAGCCAUAUCUCGCACGUCCAAAUCGGGAUAUCAGCCUGCUGGCCUUGUUCCAGGCCCCCCAGCCAAACACUCUGCAAAUGCAGUUGAUUACAGCUAUGGGAAUCACGGAGGAUGGAGUGAACCCUCUUACACCCAACACCAAACUAUGCCAUCUCAGGGACACUUUAGUGAACGUCUGCCCCCUGCUGCCCAGGACAGGGAACAGCUGAAGAUGGAGCUCCAUCAAGUCAACCAACAGAUUACCCAACAGACUCGCUGUAUGGAGAGGGAACCAGUUUCAGCAGCUGGCCAAGCAGCUCCAGUGGAGUGGUCAACAGCUAGUGUUUCCAGUGAGCAGCUGAGUCUAGAGUUGCACCAGGUGGAGAGAGAGAUCGGCAUGAGGACACGCGAGAUGGCCAGGGAGGCAGCUAGCAUGAAGUACAAGCUGGUAGCUGGAAGUGAGAACGGACAGAGUGAGCACAAUUUACAGCGGGAAGAUCACCACCUAGCCCUCAAUGAGGGAUCAAACGGUUCCAGUUCUGUGGUGCAGGAUUGUGGUUUGGGCAGCUCCAGCAUGUCCUCCCUGAACAGCAAGACAUCCUCACUCAGCCUGUCGUCUGAACUGGUGGGCAGCAGCCCGGAUCUGACCAAGAACGGGGUGGCUCAUGCGUGCUCAUAGUUUGUCUUCAGCUAGAUGCUACCUUAUGACCUGGUGUCUCUUUCUGUUUCUCUCUCUCUCUCUCUCUCUCUCUCUCUCUCUCUCUCUCUCUCUCUCUCUCACCAUCUAUCACUCUACACUCUGAGUAGAAAGUUGUAUCUCAGAUUCACCUCCAAUUCGCAUAGGCUGCAAUACACCACCAACCAUCAGUUACUUACCUAUUUAGCAUACUCCACUCAUAUUGGGUCACAUUCUUUUUCUUUACCACCGCAGUAUUGGGAUGUUGAACGUUCCAUAUAUUCAGUACAUUCAGCUGCAUUUGUGACCGCUGAUUAUACAAAUAAUCAAAAAAUUGAGUCAUACUUGCCUCGCAACACCUACAGGAUUUUACAGGAAUAGGAAUAAGCAGUAUCUGCCAUAUAUUUUCUUUUUCUUUUUUUUUUCUAUGAUAAAUCCUUUCACUGCCUUACACACCAGAGCAUUCAAGAAACAUUUUAUGAAUGUGUUUACUUGCAAGUCUGAACAGUAAUAUUAAUUUCAAUAACGAAAAGUAAUACUCACAUGUAAUAGACUCAGACUACAUUCUUAGUAGUUACAUUUUCGUUCAUAAUGCUGACUUUACGUUUGAAGUUUUCAUUGUGCCGGUUUCUCUUGUGAAUCUUCUUACAAUUUUUGUAGGAGCGUCCUGCGUGCUGCAUAUUCUACAUAUUAGACACUUGUGGAUAUGAUCAACAUUGCCUGUUCAAAAUAACUCCAGCACUUUUUUUAGUCAGACCAGACUGUUAUUCUGAGUUAAAUCUAGUAUUGUUGCCCCUCAGCUACGUGUAUAAUUGGUCAGUGUUCAGGCAUCGUGGCUUUCCUCAGUAUCUUCUCACUGUAAAUCAUUACUCAGGCCCUGCCCACACGUAUACAGCUUCUUUUUUGGUGUCCACAUGAAAAUGUUGUCACUGAAAUUGAAGCUUCUUGAAAAGGUGGAGAAAUGUUCAAAUUUGACCCUGUUCGUGUGGACAGCGAAACUGUAUGUUUCCCUGCGUGUUCCUGUUGCGGUUUUGCAUGUUAUGAAUGUUCUAGGACUGUUUUAAAAAUUUCUGCCAACCUGGUUGUUAAUUUGUGCUCUGUAAUUUCAUAUUUAAAAUUUUAUUUAUCAUUUUUAAACAACAAAAAAAAUUACACCCUCAUGCAAAGAAGACACACAGUGUGAACGUUCUGCGUGGUUCUGGAUUUUGGCGAAACACACUGUGUUCAAAUGUAAUGUUAAGCAGUAGUUCCUCUUUAUUUUGUUUUAGAACUUUUGGCUAUGGUGGUAUUUUUCCACAUCGUCUUCUCUAACACUCAGUACGCAGCUGUUUUGACGCGUUUGAUGCAAGUUUACGACAUACUAUCACUGCAUUAUAGUGUGAUCAUUGUGAGCAUUUAAAUCAUUUUUUGCCUAUUCGUUUGGACAGAGAGUUUCAGAAAUAUCCAUAUACGUGUGAAUGGAGCCUCAGUCUUAUCCUGUGUAAUUCCUGCCAGACAGCUAGGCAUGCCUCUGAACGAUGGGACGAACAGUUCAUGUUUCGUGGGUUAUUUCACAGUUCCACUUCAUCGUCGCUCAGUUUGAAGUUUGUAACACCAAUGACCUCAUUCUUCCAUGCUGAAAUCGAGACUGUGCUCUCAGACUGACUUCCAAACUUUGCCUUCCUGGAGAAAAAUGGCCAAAUUCUUCCUAUUUUAUUUGGCUAAGUAUAGAUUUCUUUUAUUGCCCAGAAGCUGAGCUUCCAAAAAUUUGCUUUGCUUCUUCAGAGGUGAUCAGAAACAGCUAAAGCAUGUGGACAGGGUCAGAAAGCCACUCAUCACUUGUAGCCAAUUGCACUUGUGUUUUGUUUUUUAUUUUUUAUAAUGUUUUUUAUUUUUUUUUAACAUCAUGUACUAACAUACCUCUCAGCUUUAAUGUAUUUUUAACCAGGGAUAUUUACACGUUUCAUCCUGAGGAUGGAAAAAAAAAAAAGCCUAAGAGACAAACUGAAAGGAGACAUUCUGUUUUAUGAAUGUUUAUAUAUACAUAUAUGAUUAUAUGAUGUUUCAGGGAAAACACUGAUCUGCAUACAGAUCUUCAGACCGAAAAAAGUAAUUAAAAAUGACUAAAGCCUUACAGUCAGGGUGCUGCUGUGGUGUGUGUUAGUGUUUUUUUGUUUGUUUUUGUUUGUUUAAGAAAUAUAUAUUAUACACACACUGGCUCAUUUAGGACAUUUGUGUUUUAGAAAUGUUGAGAUGCUGUUCUGAUCACCUCUGAAUGGACCUCAAGCAAUGUUGCUGUUUAUUCGAACCAUUUUCUUGUGUUGUUUUUAACUUCUGUGAAGUUGCUGUUGUCAUUGGCAUGUUAAUUAUUUCUCCAGGAGGCCACAGUGAGGGGUUCAGAGCCGAUGCACCUUGUACCGUCUCUCGCUCUCUUUUUUUUUGGGGGGGGCGAUCCAGGUCUUUGUGUACCUAUAAACAACUGGGAAUCACUGCCUCAUGUGAAGCUCCAUCAUUCACUCACUGUAUGUACUUCAUAUUUCCAGAAUGUUCUGAAAAGGCUCAGGCGAUACCAUGAUUAACUGCUUAACAACUACGUUGCAGUUCAGUGUUAAAAAUAUUGAGACCUGCAUCAGUAAGAUUAUUGAUUUGAUAUGUAAUAUCACUUAGCUGUGAGCUAGAUUCUCUGAGGAAAUCUGAGUGCAUUUGGCUGAAGUAAGUGCGUGGAAAGUCAACUACUGAGCUCUGAAACCCUGAAACUGUUUGUAUACUUAACCCAGGGGUGGACAAAUCCGAAAUGUAUAAGCGAGCCCACCGAGCAAGUAAAAUCUCAAGUGUGCUGCCUAGUCCCAUUUUGGUUGCUAAGAAGUGGUAGCCAACCACAUAUUGCAAGCUAGUUAGUUUGUUAAGUGCAUUAAUACAGACUGAGAGAAACAGUUAUCCUUUAACAGGGUCUCUAAUGUAGCACAUUGUGUUUACAGCAUCGCCAAAAUGUCAGCAAGUCGUUAACAAGCAUUUCGGUUUUUAGAUGUAGCAUUAUGUUCUCCGAUUGCACAGUCUGGUUCACGUUUUUAUGUUCUCUUAAUAUGUUUAAUCCAGAGGUGACACUGAGUAGUGAACAUGUGGUCUUUGUGCUGGACUUUAUUUUGCUUGGUUUUGUCAGUGUUUCCAUCGGCCUUCCUGGAUUUGAAAAGAUUGGUUUCAUGCUAAUCAUUCUACCAUCAAGCAGAUCACAUCAUCGAGGUCCAUUACAUCACCGUAAUACACUUUAAGAUUAAACAUACACAUCAAGUCAAUAGGAAGUAUUUUCUUUUUCUAGUUAUUGAACCUACUUGACCACAAGGCAACUACACACAAAAACUACAUUUAGCAUGAAAUCUGCUUGUCUCAGGCGCCAGGAAACCGAUUUGUCCACUCCUGUACUCAAUGAGCUCCAUUUUCUUUAACCAGCAAUAAUGCAGUAUGUUAUAUCCAAGUAAGACUCAUAUAUUAGUGUGUAGUAAGCAUCACCAGAGCAUUGAUUAUUUUUUUUAAGACUGGAUAUUAUGUAGCGUCAGUCACAACUACCACUUGCUGAUGUGCACAUAUUACUUAAUUACAACCACUUUCCCAUUAUUGUUCUAAUAUUAGAUAGAUUUAACUCCUUUUGUGUGUUUAUACACUCUGAAUGGCUGUUUAAUGGCCAUUCUGUGCUGUCUCAUUUAACACCUAUUUGGUGUCAAAUUUUCUUUAAAUGUUGCUGUUAUUGCUUGUACAAGAGCUUAUGACCUUGUUGUUAUAUACAUUAAAGCAGCGGAAGUGAACGUUAGACCAUACUGUACAGAUAGGAGGUAUUUUGCGGAACCACUUUUGCACGCUUUCAAUACAGCAGCAUGUUGCCAUGUUGGGUUUAAAAAAAAAAAAAAAAAAAAGCUUUGUUCAACGCUCGAGAGGAAACCGCAGUGCCUUGCACUUCUUACGUUGCGUCAUCAGCCAGUUCGGUUGUUCAUCUGAUUGUAAAUCAUCUGCUUUUCAGAAAAAAAUGGCUUUUUUUAAGGCGACUUCAUGAUAAGUCUAUUUGCGAUGUCUGAACUAGACACACAUUCGACAAUUUUUUUAGUUUGUUUGCUAUUUGAUUUGACUUGUUUUCAUAGUGCAUAUAAUUAAACCAAAAAGAAAACAAGGUAUGGUGUGUGUGUGUGUGUGUGUAGGGUUGAAAAUGUCUUUUGUCAAACUUAUUAAUUGGUCAGAAAUAUGGUGAUAGAAAACAUCACCAAAAUCAUCUGAGCAUGGAAAACAUGUAUUUAUGUAAUCAUGUAUUUAGCACAGACAGAUGAGUCUGUGCUAAAUAAAUGAUUAGAUCAAUCCAUAAAUAACAAACGUAAACAUUCUGUGUAACAUCCUGCAUUUAUUAUCUUUGUUUAUCCAGAUUUCUAGAACAAUAAGCCAUGACUCUCUGGUCUGAUGAGUAAUUCUUAGGCGUUUGUUUGUGCGCGUGCGUGUAUACUUUGUCAUUGUUGUGCAAGAUUUGAAUUUGAGACUGGUUUGAGUUUGUUUCCUUACAUGAAACGCAGUGAGAAACUAGUCUCUCUCACUCAGAAGGGCUUCAGUUACUGACCUGCUGAAGAAAUUGAUCAGGCAUUUAAAAACUGCUCUUUAACUAUUGUUGCAAAGCAACAUCCACAUUCAGCCUCCCGUCAGGCAGUGGGAGAAACACCUUAGGUGGAAAAGGAGAAAAAAAGAGGGGAAAAAAAAGGGGGAGUGACCAUGUUUACCCAUUGAUUCAAACAGUGUCAUGUCUUAUCUCAUCAGUAACCAGUAAAACGUCUCGUUUUCUGUAAAGAAGUGUAAAUGUUGAUCACGUUUUGUGUGUAGUUUCAUUCAGAACCUUUUUUUUUUUUUUUUUUUUUUAGAUUGGUGAUUAGUCAUUUCUUUCAAACUCAUGUACAGUGAAGCAAGGUCAUGUACAGAAUUUUUUACACUCUCUCAGACAGAGUGGGAGGGGCUUCCAUGUGGACCAAUGAGUGAGUGUUAAACAGGAAGUUGAGCGUCAGGCACACUUGCUCAGGAAAGACUCCUCACCAACACGACACACACAAACACAGGUGUUAGUGUUCAGUUCAUAGACAUAGGACGCUUCAAAAUCGAUGAUCAUGUAUGAGUCCCGAUGGGAGUGUUGUUUCUGUCUUUCUUUUUUGUUCACGCUGAACAUGCUCACUGCUUACAGUCAUCUGUUUUUUUUUGUUGUUGUUUUCAUCACAUUUAGCUAUUCUUACAUUCAUGCAUCUUAUUAUUAUUAUUAUUAUUAUUAUUAUAAUUGUUUUUUUAAUUUGUAAAUCCUAACCUUGGGAAAAUGUAAUUGCUUUUGAUGAUUACUCUCAGGUUAGCUCAUAAAAGAUUGCUUAAAUUAAGGUACAUAAACCAACUGCAACAUGAGUAAGAAUUUAAAGUUGUGUUUUUUUUUAAAAAUAUAUAUAUAUAUUAUACUCCAUUAAGGAAUGUUUAGAACUAUUUCUCCAAUGUGGAUUUAGCUGUUAAACCUUUUUGUUUAUUUUUUCUUUGUUAAAAAUUCACUGUGUGAAAUUUUGGAUUGCAUUUUUGUAUAAUACAAUUGCUUUUCUUCAUAGAAUGGGGAAGGGAGGGGAACUGGCUGGAAGGCUGAAUUAGACAAAACAUGAAAUUAUUUAAAAGUGUAACUUAAUGUGCAACAAUAAUUCUGUACUGGCAGGGAUUGUGAUUAAAUGAUAUUGUAAACAG